AUGUGGAGAACCUCCGACACCGGAUUAGCCGACUUGGCUUAUAGCCUUCUCGAAGUCCCCUCGCGCAGAGCGUUAUCGUACAUAAAUCCAGCAUUUGGAGACAGCAUCGCAUCAUUGAAUGUGUCUUUACUGAGCGCACCCAUGGCCCUACACGUCCUCCCGAAAAGGGCGCCCCAGACAUUACGGGUGCCCUUGACACGGCGCUUCACAACCUCCCCCCGCACAGCCAGCUAUGCAGAUACUCUACCAAACCUCAGAAUUGGCGCUCAUACCAGAGUCCUAUUCCAGGGUUUUACAGGGCGACAGGCAACUGCCAACGUCAAGGAGUCGCUAGAAUGGGGCACUAAGAUUGUGGGAGGUGUCAAACCUGGCGUGGAGGGCGAGCAUCUGGGCUUGCCUGUAUUCCCUUCUGUUAAAGCAGCUCAAGAUAAAGCGAGGCCGGAUGCAUCUGCCAUAUAUGUUCCUGGGAACCAGACUGCUCAGGCUAUUGAAGAGGCAAUCGAAGCGGAAAUCCCGCUGGUUGUUGCUGUGGCAGAACAUGUGCCGAUCCACGACAUCCUACGAAUUCACUCUAUGUUGCAAACACAAUCCAAAACCAGGUUGGUUGGUGCAAACUGCCCCGGUAUCAUAUCCGCUAUUGGCAAGUGCCGAAUCGGGUUUCAGCCACUACCAUGCUUUGCCCCGGGUAACGUGGGUAUUGUAGCCAAGUCUGGCACCCUGAGCUACGAGACCGUGGCAUCAACUACUCGGGCUGGACUUGGACAGAGUCUUUGUAUCAGUAUGGGGGGAGAUGUGUUGGCUGGCACAAACUUUGUUGAUGCUCUCGGUAUCUUCGAGCAUGAUCCUGAUACGCAGGGUAUCAUCCUGGUCGGCGAGAUCGGUGGUACGGCCGAGAUGGAUGCCGCAGAGUGGAUUAAGGAUUAUCGGAGGAGGACUGCAGACCCCAAACCCAUCAUGGCCCUUGUUGGUGGUUUGGAGGCACCACCUGGCCGUAUUAUGGGACACGCUGGUGCUUGGGCUGCACCUGGGGAGCCAGAUGCGGAGACCAAGUAUCAAGCACUGGAACGCGCCGGUGCGGUCAUGGUCAAUCACCCCGAGAAGUUCGGCGCUGGGAUGAAAACUCUCUUGAGUUCGCGAUCUAAGUACCCAAGAACAAGUCCGAUCUCUGGGACAGGCUCCCAUAACCGAGGCUUCCACACCAUGAGAAGAGUCACACCUGUUUCAAUUCAGACUGCUCAGCAGAAACGCAGUCUUUACAUUAAGCAGUUUCAGGCAUUUGAUAUACUCAAGCAGAAAGGCGUUCUCGUUAGCGAAUCAGCUUCUAGUUCGGAUCUAUCCGUGUCUAUCACAGUUGACCGCACAGCGCUAUCGCCGUGCAUUGUUGUCUCACCGACUGCGGAGUUUGAUCAGACUCAAUUAAAGAACUACCCUUUUUCAUAUACCCUGGCCUCAUUUGAUGGAACCCCAGUCAUUGCUGCUGCUGCCUCACACCUAGGGCUCCCUGCAUCUACCCACCGCAAAUUCGCCGCUUUUGUGCAAUCACUGUGGGAAAUAUAUAAAGAGAAGGAAGCUUUUGUUCUAGAGACACAAGCUGGCAUAUCCACCGACGGCUCAUUCGAGGUCCGCAGUGCGCGCUUUGGAUUUGAUGAUGCUGCAUUCCGCAGUUCCGGUCGCCAGGAAGAUAUUCAUAAGCUACGAAACACCACGGAGGAAGUUCCUGAAGAGGUCGAGGCCGAAAAGGACGGAAUUGUUUACAUCAAGUUGGAAGGUGAAGGCGGUAUUGGAACCUUAGUCAACGGAGCCGGCCUUGCUAUGAACACGGUCGACGCACUCACAAUUCACGGCGGUCACUGCGCUAACUUCCUCGACACUGGCGGCAAAGCUACCUCGGAAACUGUGAAGUCUUCUUUCCGUGUCAUCUGCUCCGAUGCGCGCGUCAAGGCCAUAUUUGUCAACAUCUUUGGUGGGCUAACGCGCUGCGAUAUGAUUGCCGAGGGUAUCAUUUUGGCUUUCAGAGAUUUGAAGAUGAAAGUCCCAGUGGUUGUCCGGCUGCGAGGUACAAAUGAGGAACUAGGACAGAAAAUGAUCGCGGAGAGUGGCCUCCCACUGCAUGCCUUUGACGGGUUUGAGGAGGCGGCGAAGAAGGUCAUCGCAUUGGCCAAAGGCCAAUAG